AUGGACUGGCAAUGGGAGAUCGGUUAUAUUGGAUGUCAAGUGGAAUUUCAAGUGAACUGGAAUGGAACAAUCAAAGUGUUUUUCUUCCUUAAAGAAAUGGACACGGAUUUUCGUGAAGAAUGUUUAUCUGCUUCGGCAACAAAUUUCAAUCAGUUGAUUCAAGAGCAAUUCAAGUUAUUUGGCACGCGAUUCUCGGAAGUUAUCAUAACCAAAAGUAACGAAGCCCAAAAUGAGGUCAUGUUUUGCGUUGAUCCAAGUGACCCAGUUAAUGUGAUGUACCAAACUGAGUAUAGCAGAACCAGUCAAAACGCGAUUGAAAUUUUAAAAAAUCAGGUAACGCUUUUGCAAACGACAGUCUCGGAUAGCACGAUAACAGAAAACAAGGGUUCCACAUGGAGCGAUUUGGUUUCACUCUGUACGAUUCUUCCAUUACUUUUGUUAUUAUUUCAAUGA